AUGUUUCUUCCUUACUACUCAGCUGUCUUUUUCUUACGCUUCAUUAUAAUUUCCUCGUAUUUUCUUACCAUGUUCCUUCCUUACUACUCAGUUGUCAUUUUCUUACCAUUUUCUUCCUUACUACUCAGCUGUCUUUUCUUACGCUUCAUUAUAAUUUCCUCCUGUCUUUUUCUUCCCUUCAUUAUGAUUCCUCUUAUUUUUCUUACCAUGUUCCUUCCUUACUACUCAGCUGACAUUUUUCUUACCAUGUUUCUUCCUUAUUUUCUUACUAUGUUUUCUUCCAGCUGUCUUUUCUUACGCUUCAUUAUAAUUUUUCUUAUUUUUCUUACCAUGUUUCUUCCUUACUACUCAUUGACAUUUUCUUACUAUGUUUCUUCCUUACUACUCACCUGUUUCUUUUUCUACCUUUUCAUUAUAAUUUCCUCCUGUCUUUUUUUUUCUUCCUUCAUUAUAAUUUCUCUUAUUUUCUUACCAUAUUUCCUUCCUUACUACUCAGCUGACAUUUUCUUACUAUGUUUCUUCCUUACUACUCAGCUGUCUUUUUCUUACGCCUUCAUUAUAAUUUUCCUCGUAUUUUUACCAUAUUUCCUUCCUUACUACUCAGUUGACAUUUUCUUACAUUUCUUCCUUACUACUCAGCUGUCUUUUUUCUUACGCUUCAUUAUCAUUUUCCUCGUAUUUUUCUUACGUUCCCUCAUUAUUUCUAAUUUCCUGACAUUUUCUUACCAUGUUUCUUCCUUACUACUCAGCUCUGUCUUUUUCUUACGCUUCAUUAUGAUUUCCUCUUAUUUUCUUACCAUGUUCCUUCCUUACUACUCAGCUGACAUUUUUCUUUAUGUUUUCUUCCUUACUACUUAUUUGCUGUCUUUUCUUACGCUUCAUUAUAAUUCCCUCUUAUUUUUCUUACCAUAUUUCCUUCCUUACUACUCAGCUGACAUUUUCUUACUAUGUUUCUUCCUUUACUACUCAGCUGUCUUUUUCUUUAUUAUAAUUUCCUUCAUUAUGAUUUACUCAGCUAUUUUCUUACUAUGUUUCUUCCUUACUACUCAGCUGACAUUUUUCUCCCUUUAUUUUUUUUCCUUCCUCUACUCAGCAGACUUUUAUGUCUUUCUUUUACUACUAAUCUGUCUUUUUCUUACGCUUCAUUAUGAUUUCCUUUAUUUUCUUACCAUCUUUUCUUCCCUUACUACUCAACUGACAUUUUUUCUUACUAUAUUUCUUCCUUACUACUCAGCUGUCUUUUCUUACCCUUCAUUGCCAAUUCCCUCUCGUAUUUUCUUACCAUUUUCCUUCCUUACUACUCAGCUGACAUUUUCUUACUAUAUGUUUCUUCCUUACUACUCAGCUAUUCCCUACUUAUUUUCUUACCAUGUUUCUUCCUUACUACUCAGCUGUCUUUUCUUGCUUCAUUUUUUCCCUCUUAUUUUUCUUACCAUGUUUCUUCCUUACUACUCAGCUGUAUUUUUACUAUAUUUCUUCCUUACUACUCAGCUGUAUCUUUUCUUUUCUUAUUUUCCUCUUAUUUUUCUUACCAUGUUCCUUCUUACUACUCAGCUGACAUUUUCUUACUAUGUUUCUUCCUUACUACUCAGCUGUCUUUUUCUUACGCUUCAUUAUAAUUUCCUCUUAUUUUCUUACCAUGUUUUUCCUUCCUUACUACUCAGACAUUUUCUUACUAUAUUUCUUUUACUACUCAGCUGUCUUUUUCUUACGCUUCAUUAUAAUUCCCUCGUAUUUUCUUACCAUGUUCCUUCCUUACUACUCAUUUACAUUUUCUUACUAUGUUUCUUCCUUUACUCAGCUGUCUUUUUCUUACGCUUCAUUAUAAUUUCCUCUUAUUUUCUUACCAUGUUCCUUCCUUACUACUCAGCUGACAUUUUCUUACUUGUCAUUUUCUUCCUUACUACUCAGCUCUAUUCCUUUUCUUACUAUGUCUUUUCUUCCUUACUACUCAGUUUCUUUUUCUUACUGUCUUUUCAUUAUAAUUUCCUCUUAUUUUCUUACCAUGUUCCUUCCUUACUACCAGGGCUGACAUUUUUCUUACUAUGUUUCUUCCUUACUACUCAGCUGUCUUUUUCUUUACGCUUCAUUAUGAUUCCCUCUUUUUUUCUUACCAUGUUCCUUCCUUACUACUCAGCUGACAUUUUCUUACUAUGUUUCUUCCUUACUACUCAGCUGUCUUUUUCUUACGCUUCAUUAUAA